UUAAAAGGAAAAUGAACUGUUAAUGGCAACAACAAAAAACAACUGAAGUAUCCUCUAGCAGACAAGGAAUUUUCAGAAGCCAGGCUCACAAGCAGAUCCAUGAAAGCUGGUUUGCCCAACAGAGACUGGGAUGUAGCAGCACAUUUCUUAGGGCUUUAUUUAUCAUGAUGUGAAAGUUCAGAUUGGUUGCAGCUUUGCCCAUUUGAUAUUUAUGAAGCAGCAGUUUAAACCACUGCUUCCUAAACCCUCUCCUCCAACUUGCAGAUGAAUGAUGAUUGACAGCCAUUCUGUCACACAAUUUGUCGAGCAUUUACUUGUGCAAUGCAUGAAAGGGGGAGAUUCCUAAGCUUCCAUCACCUUACAUUUUGGGUUGGAAAUGCCAAACAGGCAGCUUCAUUUUAUUGUAACAAGAUGGGAUUUGAGCCUUUUGCUUACAAAGGAUUGGAGACUGGAAGCAGAGAAGUGGUAUCGCAUGUAAUCAAGCAAAACAAGUGUAUUUUUAUUUUUCAAUCUCCAUUAAAUCCUGGAAAUCAAGAGAUGGGAGAACAUUUGAUGAAACAUGGGGAUGGCGUAAAGGAUGUGGCUUUCCAAGUGGAGGACUGUGACUUUUUGUUCCAGAAAGCCAAAGAACGUGGGGCUGUGAUAGUAAAAGAACCUUGGAUAGAAGAAGAUGAAGGUGGCAGAGUGAAAUAUGCAGUUAUACAAACUUACGGAGAUACUACACACACUCUGGUUGAAUACCUGGGGCCAUAUCGAGGUAUCUUCCUGCCAGGUUUUAAAGAGCCAUUGUUUAAAGAUCCCCUGUUAUCUACACUACCAUCAGGUUGCCUCAAUUUUAUUGAUCAUAUUGUUGGGAAUCAGCCAGAUGACGAAAUGGAAUCUAUAGUGGAUUGGUAUCAAAAGUGCCUACUCUUCCACAGAUUCUGGUCUGUAGAUGACAAACAGGUUCACACUGAAUUCAGUUCAUUGCGCUCAAUUGUAGUGACAAACUAUGAGGAGACAAUAAAAAUGCCCAUAAAUGAACCUGCUCCUGGAAAGAAAAAAUCUCAGAUACAGGAAUAUGUUGACUAUUAUGGUAGCUCAGGAGUACAACAUAUUGCACUUAAUACUUCCGACAUCAUCAAAGCAGUAAAAAUUCUGAAAUCUCGAGGCAUUGAGUUUCUUUCGACCCCUGAUGCUUACUAUGAACAGCUAAGAAAAAACCUUCAAAAUGCAAAGAUCAGUGUGAAGGAAGAUAUGGAUACACUGCAGGAAUUAAAAAUCCUGGUUGAUUACGAUGACAAUGGCUAUCUUCUCCAGAUCUUUACUAAGCCAAUGCAAGACAGACCAACCCUCUUCUUGGAAGUUAUACAGAGAUACAACCAUCAUGGUUUUGGAGCCGGAAACUUCAAAUCACUGUUUGAAGCAAUUGAGAAGGAUCAAGAUGCCAGGGGAAAUUUAACUAUCUACACAGAAAAUGGCGAACAUCAAGUGUUUUACUGAACAAAUUAUUGCUGAACAACAUGAAGAUGAAUGAGGCAGAAAAUGAUCAUCAAGAGAAGGAUAUGACCCAGGGGAUGACUUUAUCACAUUGUAUAGACUAAAUUAGGCAAUAUAUAAUAAGCCUCUUACAUUUCAAAUAUCAGUAUGCUAGAUAAUUGUUGUAGAAAGUAUAAAAUAAUUAAAGAUAUAUACGUGAGGCAUCACUUGAAGACUAAAAUUCUACUAUCUACCUCAGAAAAGGUUGAGAACAAGCAAGUGGUAAUAGCAAAAAUAGUUGUUUCCUAUGACAAGUUAUUAGAAAUUGUUUAUUAAUACUUAAAGCCAAAAAAUAGCAUCUUAUGUUUUGUUUUUUCCCAUUUGCAUUAUGCCCCUCCCUCUAAUUUGCACAUUGGAUACUCCAUGAGCCAGAGAUUCAUAAACCAUAUUUAUAUGAAC